GUCGUUCGUGUGUCAGCACGUGAAACACAAGGCAGCACCAAUCAGCGCUUAUCUCGACGCCUUCUUGCGUGACACUCGGCCUCUGACUAGCUCUCGGUUCACCCUACCAGCGAUACUGCAGUAACCCGCCAGUAAUCCGCCAUGGCUCCACUUGAGUCCAGAAAGGAUGACACUGCUGAUGGGGCUCUGUACAAUGGCCACAUGCUGACCCAAGACCACCAAGCUCCGCCGCCGCCAAACCCGAGCGAAGAUUUGCUUUACGGAAUAGAGGAUGCGCCGCCUUGGUACCUCUCAUUAUUCUAUGGCUUCCAGCACUACCUGGCCAUGAUCGGCGGCACCAUCGCCAAGCCAAUCAUCCUCGCCACGUUUCUCUGCAUCGAGGAAGAUGACCCAGCCCGCGGUGCCCUGGUCUCGUCCAUCAUCUUCGUGUCCGGCCUGGUCACCAUCUUGCAGACCACGAUAGGAGUCAGACUCCCCAUCAUCCAGGGAGGAAACUUCGCGUACGUGGUGCCCAUUAUCGUCCUUCUGAACACGUCCUUCAAGCCGUGCAGUCAAGUCUCCAUGGCCAACAUGACUGUGCCGGAGAAGCAGGAGCUGUGGCAGGUGCGCAUGCGUGCCAUCCAGGGUGCCAUCACCAUGUCGGCGUUGAUGCAAGUCAUCGUGGGCUUCACUGGUAUCAUAGGGAUCUUGCUGCGGUGGAUCACGCCCCUCACUGUGGUGCCGACUGUGACGCUGGUGGGCCUCUCGCUCUUUGACGUGGCCUCCCUCAAGGGGUCUGAGCACUGGGGAUUCACCAUCAUGGUGAUCUGUUUGACCAUCGUUUUCUCCCAGCACAUGCGUGACGUCACUCUGCCCUUCCCAAUGUACAAGCCAGGAAAGGGAUACUACACCAUCCCGUGCCAGCCCUUUAAGACACUCUCCCUCCUCCUCGCUGCGCUGAUCACGUGGGGCCUGUGUGCCAUCCUCACUGUCACUGACGUCCUGCCAGAGGGUUCCGGCGCCAGGACAGACAAGGCCAACACUCUGAUUGAAGCCACACCCUGGAUUCGCUUCCCCUACCCUGGGCAGUGGGGGCUUCCGACGCCGACUGUUGCGGGCACCAUGGGCAUGAUGGCUGCUGUAUUUGCCUCCAUCAUUGAGAGCAUCGGCGACUACUACGCCUGCGCCAGGGUGGUGGGAUGCAAGCAGCCUCCUUCCCAUGCCAUCAAUCGAGGCAUUGGUGUGGAGGGCAUCGGCUGCUUGCUGGCUGGGCUCUUCGGCACGGGAAGCGGGACCACCUCCUAUUCGGGCAACAUUGGUAUUCUCUCCAUCACCAAGGUAGCCAGCCGGCGGGUGAUCCAGUACAGCGGCCUCAUCAUGCUGGUGUGCGGUGUGGUGGCUAAAGUGGGCGCCAUCUUCGUCACUAUUCCUGCACCUGUCAUUGCCGGCAUCUUCUACAUCAAGUUUUCCAUGAUUACUGCGGUGGGGAUAGCGACCCUCCAGUACAUCGAUUUCAACUCCUCCAGGAACCUCUUCAUCCUUGGUUUCUCUAUUUUCUUCGGUCUCUCCUUCCCAAAGUGGUUUGAGGUGAACCCAAAUGCCAUUCAGACUGGAGUGGCGAUGCUGGAUCAAACCAUUGCUGUGCUGCUGCAGACCUCCAUGUUCCUCGGAGGACUAAUUGGCCUCAUCCUCGAUAACACCAUUCCAGGCACAGACGAGGAACGAGGCAUCCUGCACUGGAACGGAAAGUUGUCUGAAGAUAAACAACACAAAGAUUCGCAGAUCUGCUCUCCCUCCUUUGAGACAUCAUCAAUACUAUCAUCAUCCUUUUACUCAUCCCCAUAUGAUUUCCCCUACGGCAUGGAUCUCAUUAGAAGUGCUAAGUGGCUUCGUUACGUCCCAUUCUGCCCUGUGUAUGAAGGAUUUAAGAGGCGGAGUUCUCGAAGUGAGGAGAGUUCAUCGCAAGAGUCUUGUUAAAGUAGACUCUAUUUUGUAGACGUGUCAUCUUGAGGAGGAGGCCCCGCCAGAGAGCAGCAGCAUCCCUGACUCAGCAUCUGUGUAUAAUGUGUGUGUUAUCGUAAUGAUAGAACUAAGGAGAUAAAAAGCCCAUAAUGUUUACAAUAGAAUGUACAAAUACCAUAUAAAGUACCAAGGAACAAAAACGUUAAGGAUAACCAAAGCAGUGCACACUAAUGAGAUUACUUAAGUACUUAGCAGUAUUAACAAAGAGUGACAGUACACAAAUAAUAGUACGAUGGUUGGAGUGUCACCGACCAGAGCUGCGAGAGGAUCAGCUGCAGAAAUGAAGCAGUGGUUCUCCGCAUCACAUCCGUCCCACUAAAAAAGCUGGUCUGUUUAUCCUCGCAACAUCAUAAAAUAGCAAGUAAUCCAUCUUCCUCUAUUUAAUCUCUUUAACGGUAUGGUGCGUUUUCAUAUUCAUUCGGCUUACUAUUUGGUGAUUUUAUACAGCUUCAGAAACUUAAGUGGUGAUUACAAUAGUGAAGAUUCUACCGAUUAAUAUUCUACCCUCCAUAGACACUUUCUAAUGUAAACAAAAUCGUCUAAUCAUACCCAGAACUCAUGAUAAAAACGUGUCCUAGUACUGAAUGGUUUAAUCUCAUCGCCCAAGUCUUCGGGAGCAUAUUGAGACAGAUUUCAUUCUUUUUAAACACUACACUCGACCCUCGAAACAACGGACAAAUGCGUGCACGACCCUGUCUGUAGAUUGUAAAAGUCCGUUCUUUGCAAAAAUACGUAAAAAACUGUAUAAAAUGUACGUAAAAUACUGUGUAAUCAUUAAGAAAUCAUUCAAGCAGUAUUACAAAGCAUUAAGUACAACAAAUAACCUGAAAUAGAUGACAUGAGCAUGGUCAGUUUAAUAGAUAUUAAUAAACAAUUCAGAAAACGAAGUUCUCUCACCUUAAUACACCACCUACCGGACAAUAAUUUGCCGGGAACGGAAAAUCGCGCUCAUUUUGAUAUUCGUCCGUAGAUUAAACCGGAAUCCAGAAUUUGUCCGUAGUUUCCGAAAUCCGUUGAUGGAGGUCCGUUGUUUCGAGGGUCGAGUGUAUAUGGUAUUUCCUUAAUAAUUUUAAUCACCAUUGAUCUGACUAUUUCAUAAACUUUCAUCGCUUUACUGUUACUGUCCUGUACAUUUCAACCCAAACUCUUCCUCACCGUUUCCAAACACUUCAGCUUGUCAUGACUCGCUCCUUGUUUUUUUUUUUUUUUGUCCCACGUUACUGUCCCGCCUUGGUGUCAUAUGCCCUUAGCUGCCUUUGCUGUCUGGAUUCACUCACUCGCUCGCUCGCUGAAUCACGUCACGUUCAAUGCGGGUGAAUCCAAUAGAAGCACUCAAGGUCGCGUCCCAUUAUCCAGUUGCGCUUCAACAAUUCCACCUCAUUCGCUCCCUCCAUGCACCCAGCUUCACCACAUACACACUCUCUCUCUCUCUCUCUCUCUCUCUCUCUCUCUCUCUCUCUCUCUCUCUCUCUCUCUCUCUAUCUCAUUUACAACACUUCACUUCUUCCUUCAUAUUAUUGUAUCUUCCCUUACACACACACACACACACACACACACACACACUGUCACGGAUAUUCUUGUACUAAAAUAACUAUAGUUUCUAAUUUGACAACUGACUCUUGUUUGGGAUUAAUGACAAUGUAUACCAGAAUAGAUCCUUCCCCGUCCCCAGAGAGUGCUGUUAUUGGGGGGACUGUUAUUUUUCGUUUUUAAUUGUAUUUCUUUUACUACUCGUCGGCUACACUAAGCAGUUCUCAUAAGGUGUUCGUCUGCAAGCCACUCCAUUCGCUCCGAGAUUAGUUGUCCAGUGGUAGGAGUAUGAAAAAGUAGUCCCACUUAUAUUGUAUUCUUAAUCCCUUUAAUAUUAUGACGUGUUUCCAUAUUCAUUCUGCUUGCUAUUUGGUGAUUCUGUACAGCUUCAGAAACUCAUGUGGGGUAUUGAAAUAGUGAAGACUGUGGCCAUUAAUAUUCUGACCUUCAUAGACCCUUCCUAAUGUCAAUAAAAUGGUCUAAUCGUACUCAAGUCUCAAGGUAAGAAUGUGUCCCAGUAUUGAAGGCGUUAAUAGGUAGGAUCGAUACUCCUGCAUGGUGUUCUGAUGGUUACUUUGUUGUGUAUAUGUGUAAAAAAAAAAAACGCCAUUAAUCUUCUGGCCUCCAUAGACACUUCCUAAUGUCAAUAAAAUGGUCUAAUCGUACACUAGCCUCAAGGUAAAAAUGUGUCCCAGUACUGAAGGCGUUAAUAGGUAAGAUCGAUACUCCUGCAUGGUGUUCUGAUGGUUACUUUGUUGUGUAUAUAAAUGUAAAAAGAAUA